UCUCCAUCGCAGGCCGCAUCCCUGACAGCCUAAGAAACUGUGUGAAUAAGGAGUUCUUUGUGACCACAGGACCGUGGGCAGUAAUGGACCAGCAAGGUGUCCACCCAGAGCUCAAUGGCACCGCCUACAGCCAAGCCAACCAAACUCUGCACGCCCUAACAACCGGGGUUCCUCAAGACAAAAUGUAGUACCUAUUGGCACUCAGGUACCCGCCGGGCAUGAUGGGCAUGGCUCCAGGGGUGAUCCCGGGUGGCUUAGAGGGGAUGGUGCCAGGGGGGGUACCAAUCGCCCAUACCCUGCCCUCUGGUACCCAUCCGUCCCAGGCCCCCGCCCAACCAGCCAGCCUCCAAACACUGUCACGGAGAGACCAGAGAGAACCUUACCGAGCAAUAGAACCCUGACCGCCAGCAUAGCAGCCAGCCAACCAGCCAGCAGAGAGGACAAUAACAACAGUGCCACAGGAAGAAGAGCUGCUGCCUUGGCAGCAGAGGAAGAGCAUCAUGCCCCUCAACACCUCCUCAAACUCAACCAGUAGAGAGGACACCAACAACAACAACAACAGGAAGAGCAUCAUGCUCCUCAACACCUCCUCAAACUCAACCAGUAGAGAGGACAACAACAACAACAACAACAGGAAGAGCAUCAUGCUCCUCAACACCUCCUCAAACUCAACCAGUAGAGAAGACAACAACAGGAAGAGCAUCAUGCUCCUCAACACCUCCUCAAACUCAACCAGUAGAGAAGACAACAACAACAACAACAACAACAGGAAGAGCAUCAUGCUCCUCAACACCUCCUCAAACUCAACCAGUAGAGAGGACAACAACAACAACAACAACAGGAAGAGCAUCAUGCUCCUCAACACCUCCUCAAACUCAACCAGUAGAGAGGACAACAACAACAACAACAACAACAGGAAGAGCAUCAUGCUCCUCAACACCUCCUCAAACUCAACCAGUAGAGAGGACAACAACAACAACAACAACAACAUCAACAACAGGAAACUCAAGCUACACUCACAACCAACUCAAGUUUUAAAAAACACAAACAAAAAGCGUCCACCUGAAGUUUGGACCAAUCAGACACGGAACACCACGGUAUUUACUGUCAGUCCUGGGAAUAAACCACCGAACUGCGAAUGAGGAAGCAGUCACUUCACGGAUUUGUACUUUACGUUUUAGUUUUGACUGUCCCGUUGGUCGGUACGGUCGGUACGGUCUCUUUAGGUUCACUACCAACUACUACAGUACUCAUUUUAUUUUGUAACGUGCCCAUGUGGUCCGUUGUCCGAGUCCAGUGUUAGCUGUCUAUCACCGUCGUAUGGUGGCAAGCAGAGAGGAGACUGACAGUCCCGCCCACACCUCAGAGCAUCAUGGGAAGACUUCCUGACCAAUGGGAGAACAUGAGACAUCACCCCCCCCUAAUCCUUUGACCCCUUGA